AUGCAGGCGACCCUGUUGUUCAUGGUGAUGGGCAAUUUCGGCAUAGCUUUCAGCGACGUGGUCGUGGAUGGGUUGGUGGUGGAAAAGGCUCGGGAUGAUCCGAAGCUGAUGGGCGGCCUUCAAUCUUUCAGCUGGGCCUGUCGAGGCUUUGGGGCAAUCCUGUCAGCGUAUUUCAGUGGAGCUCUCUUGGAAAUGAUCGGAGUUCAGAAAGUCUUCGCCGUGACAGCGCUGCUGCCGCUGCUCGUCAUUGUUGCCGCGGUGCUGAUUCGAGAGCCGGCUCAACCGAGUCCUGGUAGCAGCUACUCCCUUGACUGGGACGAGGCGCGGCAGCUCGGCCAACAGGUGUGGGAGGUGAUUCGAUCACCGGAGGUCUUCCCUGCAGUUUGCUUCAUCCUGGCAUGGCAGGCCACUCCGACAGCGGGCUCAGCGACGUUCUACUUUUACACCAACGAGCUCCACUUCAACCCAGAAUUCCUGGGGCGCUCUCAGCUCGUGGGUUCACUGGCAAGUUUGGCUGGCAUCGUUCUGUACAACCGUGUUUUCUCUUCCGUGCCGAUCAAGGACUACUUGUCGCGGAUACAGGUGACAGCUGUCACGCUCGGAUUUCUGCCAAUCCUCUUGGCUACCCGCGCCAAUCUAGCCCUGAACAUCCCGGACCAGAUGUUUGUGCUCGGCGACGAUGUCAUCCAAACGGUAGCAGGUGAGCUCGCUCACAUGCCCAUCCUGGUGCUUGCCGCGCAGCUGUGCCCGCGUGGAAUCGAGGCGACACUCUUUGCGCUGCUGAUGUCGGCUCUCAACGCUGCCAGCUUUCUGAGUUCCAGCCUCGGGGCUUGGCUCACCCACAUUCUCGAGGUCACGGACUCUGAUUUCACCAACUACGCCUUCCUGCUCCUCAUUUGCAAUCUCAGCGGGCUCCUGCCACUG